ACAACUCACAUCGAGAAAUAUACAUCCUUCAUUGCUCAUUAUCUGCCAUUUUAGUUCUAACACAAAGAAAUCAACCGAGGAGAAGCUAGAAGCAUGGCUCAAGAGGACUCAGCCACGCAGCAAAAACAGAUGGCGGAGGGGGUGGAAGAGCAGCAGCUCAAGUACCUGCAAUUUGUUCAAGUGGCUGCACUUCACGCUGCGGUCCACCUCUCGAAUGCUUAUGGUUAUGCCAAGGAGAAAUCCGGUCCUUUGAGGACCAGCAUUGAGUCUGCGGAGGGAGCUCUGAAGACAGCUGCUGGACCUGUGUAUGACAAGUACCAGGCUCUUCCGGCUGACCUCCUCGCUUUCGUUGAUGGCAAGGUCGACGAAUCUGUGACCAAGGUGGCGUCAUCCUAUGAAGACACUGCUCAGAAAGCACCAGAAAUAGCUCGAGCUGCUGCACUGGAGUUCAAGCAAAGGAGCACAAGUAUGGCGAAGUCGGUGUACUCCAAGUAUGAACCGAAAGCCAAGCAAUGUGCUGUGUGUGCUUGGAGAAAGCUGAAUGAGCUACCCGGGGGACCAAAGGUGGCUGAAGUCAUUGUACCAACUGCUGCAUAUUGUUCUGAAAAGUACAACCACACUCUGAGUUGCGCCGCCGAGAAGGGGUACAGGGUUGCCUCCUAUAUGCCUUUGAUUCCAACAGAGAAGUUCGCCAAAGAUUUUGGGGGGAAUGUGCCUGAAGCUGUUCAGUGAUUCUUUACUUCAUUGCUGCCUUUUUCCUAUGUUUUACAAUUUGUGAUGUUUUAUGGCCCAUUGUAACAGUUUAUUCAACCUUUAUUUGAGUAGCGACCAUUGUUAUUAGGGACAUGGUUAUCAUGCUUUGAAAAAUUCCAUAUUACCUAAUAGUCUAAUACCAUUGAUAUUUUGAAUUUGAAAGUAACCAUUUGUUUGUCGGCUAGUAAACCAAACCUCUCUAGCAGCCGGAACUAGGAAGUCUGCAUUUAUAUCCUUCCAUCAGUCUCAAUCAGUCUGGUGAUACAAGGAAAUGCGAGUUAGAUUUCAGA